UCCCCCUGUGAAUAACCUCGAGUUGCAGAUACUUUCAAGGUCUUUCUGUAUAGAGUGGUUCGAAUAUGUCGGCUUUGGAGCAUGAUGAUAAUAUAGUAGAUGUUCAGUUAGUCUAGUGAUGGAAAUAUUUUUAAAAAGCUUCAAAGAUCAUUUGAAAUGAGACAUCUUGAUUCCUACACCUAAUAAUUCUAUUAACAGAUAAAAUUAGCACCUUCAUGAGUAAAGAACAAAAACAACUAACAGAAGAAAUAAAGCAAGUAAUGAAUGAUUCUAAUAAAGGCCUUAAAAGAGUGCAAAGCUUACGAAAAAUAAAUGACGAAGCGAUAAGAAAAAAGGAAAAUUGUGGUGAUAUUUUCACUAAAGUUACUAUUCCAAGAAGUGGAAGCUUCUUAAAUACUGGAGGAUUAACUAGGUACAAAAAUAAAGGAUCCAGGAACAAUGAAUCUGCUAGUGGUGGUUCUCCGUUAGGUUUCAAAGAGAUUUUCCAUGAAUUAUCGAUGCAAGAAAAUUUACACUCUAUGGAUGAAAUUUUAUCAGUAAUAAUUGAUCCAGAUGGAAUGUCUUUUAAUGAUCUUAAACCCAUUUACAAAGAAUUUCUGCUCAAAUUAGCACUCACGUUAACUAAGGAUGAGUUGUACAUGAAAAGUAAGAGUAUUAUGAGGAGACAUAAAAAGAAAACCGUGAAAAGCGAUUCGAGGGUCGACUCCAAAUUACCUGAAAGUAGUAUUAGUACUUCUUCAUAUGAUACAAGACCGUUCAGAACUAAGGAUGAAUUGGUUGGUAAGAAGACGAGUUAUAAAAAGAAGACACAUGGUGAAUUUAAUAAACAUCGAAGAAGAGAUAGGACAAGCACCAGUGAGGAAUCAGACUUUUUCUCAUUGAAACGUCAAAACAAAUACAGCAAAUCAACAAAUAACUUGUUAGCUUUAAACCAGAAUAGAAAUUCAUCAUCAGGCUAUGUCUCUUGUUCUGAAUGUUCAUACGAUUCUGACACUUGUACCUGUGUUUCCGCAGACAAAUGCUAUUGUAGCUUAGGCCACAGGAAUUUUGAAACUCAUCGGAAAAAUAAUAGUUCUCAAGAAAACAGAUGUGUCAUUUGUGCAGACGAUCCCAGCUUAACUUACUGCGGAUGCGAUACUGAUUCUUGUGCAGAAUCAAAUAAAUGCUACUGCCAAUAUGGUAGCCAAAAGAAAACUAGGAGCAAGUCACAUUCGCAUUAUAGAAACUGCAAUAAAUUAUCCAAGGGUGAGAGACACGAGCAUAGGAAAUUGUGUAAGAGUACUUCGAAUACUAAAAGUACGAAAAGUUUGGAGUACAUGCCGAAUCCUAGUGAUGGCUACUACGAAAAACUCCGAAGUAAACAAAAAUUCGGCAGCGAAAGAGUUCCAUCACAAUACUAUAGUACACGUCAAAGCUUGCAAAGAAAACGUCGUAACAGUCACACAGGUAUAGGAGGUAUUUCCUCUCUAACAAAUGAAGACUUGGUAGCUCUCCACAACGCCCAAAUGUGUUUGGCAGGUGGAAAGCUGUCAGCUAUGGAUAUGGAGUUACUUAAGCUGGCCACGCGCAACGAUUAUGCAGGUUUCGAUGCUUUGAAAGAGGCAAUUUGUGGAGCUAAUUUAACUGAAAAUAUUAGAGAGUAUUGGAGUGGGACUAGACAGGUUGGAAUGAUGGAACAAGGUCUUCAAAAAGUCCAAUCAGCAAUAACGACAGGGGCUUGCACAGAAGCUUUGUCAGUCAAAAAAUCAGCAGAAAUUGCUGCACUAUUUGCUGAUAUUAAGCUCAGCCAAACUACCGAUAUCACUCAUUUGGCACCUGCUGGAUUUGACAUUAACAGAAGAAAUAAUUAUAAUGUGGAAAAAUCUAUACAUGCAAAAUAUAGUAAACCAAAUAAAGUUCCGUCAUCUAGAUCAUCGGACAAUAGCAAAUCUAUUCAAUACCAUCACAAAUCGGCGAUGUCCAAUAAUGCCUAUGCCAGACCCAAUUCGAUUAAAAAUAAAUCGAAAUUAUAUUCAGCUAAAAAUGGUUUGUACACUAUACAAAGCCAAUCCGAUGAAAGUCGUCAUAGUGGUAGUAGAAGGUCGAGUUUGAGUGGAGAAGGUUCUAGAAAAUUAUCAGGAGAAAAAGAUAGAUAUGGUAGCAAGAGGAAUAUUAGUUCUAAUAUUGAGAAUUCGUUAGGGUAUUUGCCUUAAAAAUAUAUAUUUAUGUAGGUUUAUUUUCAAGCUUUUUUCCUGAGUAUACUGAGAAAUAUUAGGUAGACUGUUAAGUGAAUUUCAUAUUGCUAUAUAUUUUUGGGAAAUCAAGUUAUAAAGGCGAAAAUUAAUUUGAUAUUUCACUAAGAGGAUAAGAAUGUUAUUGUAGAUUAUAGAAAAUUCUUGCCUUCUUGUCUGAAAAAUAUUUUAUAACAAUUAAGUAAAUUAUUGUUUUCCAAAUGUUUUAACUCGGUUUUUAAUAUUAGGAUAAAAUUAAUAAAUAUUACAUUAUAAUAUAGAAAUUAAUUUACUUUAUAAAUGGAAACACGUUUGUGAUUUCUGACAAUAAUUUGUGCAAUAUUUAAAAACAAGUGAUACAUUAUUUUAUUCUUUUUGUAAAUACUAAAUGCCAUAUUAAAUAAGAAAGUGCUAAAAAAAAUACUGAGUAUAUUUUGGGAAAUGUGCAAUUUUAUGUAACUUGGGUGCAAUAUAUUUUUCAGCCAGAAACUCACAGUGUAUUACCUAAGUAUGUAGGUUGAAAAUCCUGGAAACAAAAUAACAAUGUUAUUUAGCUUCGGGAUUUUUAUCAAAAAAACAUUUUGUACAAAUUUUAUUAGGUUUUUGGUAAUAUCAUGAGGUUUUUGGUUGGAUCGGUGUUAGUGCAAUAUUACAUUGUAUAAACUAUGUUUUUCC